AUGAAGAUUUUACAAGAAGAUACUAGACAAUUGUAUGUUCCAACCAGUAUUCGGCGAAUUGUUAUUGAUGCCAAAAGACACACAGUUUAUGCGGAGCGAAAUUCGAUCAUGCCAGUUACUUUAUCGAAGGAGACAGGGAUUAUACGGUCUGGGUAUAUAAAAAUCAGUGGACUACAUGCUCGCUGGAUAGCAAGACGAAAAGAUCUAGGCAUUCCUGUUGUGGAAAAACAUGUUUUUGUACCGAACCAGACAUCGUUGACGACUAAAAAUGCCAUAAGAGUGAACAUGCAAAUUUUGCUAGAAAAUUUAAUGAGUUAUAAGAUUAAAGUUGCUGAGUUGAUUGAUGACGCUACACGGCCAGAAAGUGAACCUUUAGGUGAAAUCAUUAGUGAUGUUUUGGGUGAUCAACCACUGAUUCAGCCAGAUAUAAGAGUGCUCAGUAGUUUGAAUCUAGAAAAUGUCGAGGACAAUAGCAUUACUACUGAAACUAAAUGUAACUUAGUAGUGGGAUCUAAUAUGCUACAAAGAAGUCAGAUUUUACAUUUAGCAUUUGGUUCUACUAAAGAAGAUGGAUUUUUUCUUUCUAGAGAACACUUAGACUUUAAAUUGGAUAGAAAAAAGGAUCUCAACAUUAUAUCUAUAUUUACAAAUGAAAAAGAAAAACUCAUAUUCUUCAAAAAAACAAAAACUAUCUGCAAUAACUAUUCAGUGGUAAGCAAAAUUUCAAAAAACCCCUUUUUAAACAAUUUUUUUUUUUGCAAAAUAAUUGUUGGCCAUCUUUACGGAUAA